AUGGUUGAACGAAAGUUCCAGAUCAUUGACAAAUAUGACUUUAACAGAGCAUAUCACGGUAUUGAGAUAUCCGAACAGUGGCAAGCCUGGGAGACUGCGCACUUCUUUCGCGUCAGGUCCAUCAUUGAGAAUCCGACAGUCGGCGUGCGGCUUAUUUCCUAUGGCUGCGAUAAUGGGGACGGUAGUUCACUCAACUGUACGACGACAUGUUCCAACGCAACGCUCAUGUACAGAUUGCCUGAGAACCUCUGGAACUGUAUCACGCUCGCGACGCUGGGAAUGCUAGUCGGCCCUGGGAACGAUACGAUUGACAGGGAGAGCGAGAAGAAGAUGGAUGAGCAGUUUCAUUUUGAGACUGUUGAGAAGUUCAAUUCCUUGAACGUCUUCCGGAAAGUGAGAGACUGCGCUUGGGCUUCUUGUUCUGACUCUACGUACGGCAGUUGUACGAGCAGUCUUCAAGGCUUCAAGUGCGGUCCCGUUUCACCGGAUAAUGUCGCCAAGUUUGGAAGGGUCAUGGCAAAGCAUUACUGUCAGGCUGCGAGUGCUGGAAUUGACUUGGACAUCGCUGGACAAGGUAUCGUCACAGCAUAUGUUAUCCAGCUGGUGCUCGUUCUGUUCCUCAGCCUGUGCUUCAAACUCACAACCUCCUGGGUCCGAACCUUUGGCCGCGUGAGUAGUUCAUUUCGAAAACACUCUGCAUUUCGAGACACAUGCCAAAGGUGGCAAACAACACUGUCCGAAACACGCUUCGCGAAAGCUUCAUCCUCUGCCAUGAUCGACUUUCAAGAAUCACAAGCGUUGUUCGCUGCUACCAUCUCGAUCACAGCUAUCAUCACUUUCGACGGUGGAAAUAGAGCCGGUUUAGCCAACAUGCUCACGUUAUUCUCGUGGAUUUUCAAUCACCGCAUCCUGCAAGGACUCAUCACAGCAGGCAUGUACUGUGUUCUAAUCGCACAGCUUGUCAUGCACAGAGCUGGAGAGCGUCGAUUCUAUACCCUAUUCUUCGUUGUCUUAUCUUGGGUCCUCAUGACUGUCAUCACAGAGUUCCAGGACUUCAACGCCGACGCAUUUGAAGAACACUUGAAACAGGUCUCGACUGUGGAUGCUUGCGGAGGUAACCCCGGGCCGAUGAGCUUUUGUCAGGGAAUCAAGGAGAAGAACAGCUAUGAUUUCUUCAACGUUACACUUGCUUGUAGUUUUGCUGUUCACGUCAUUGUAUCGUGUCUUAUCAUCGACUGGGCUGUACAUUUCGCCAAGACACGAAUGACGGGAGAUAAGAUCAAGUAUACAAAGAUUGGCGGUGACUCCCGGACGAUCUUCUCAUUCGCAGAGACCAAAGGCGCAAAGCUCUUAUUGGGAGUCUUCUGGGCUGGUAUUGAACUCCUAACCGUUACCAUGAUCUUCAUUAGUCUACACGAGUUGUUUGAACUUCUUGAUAUGCAUUCAUCUGAUGGUGGCCUGUCGACAUGGGGCUUUGGACAGCUCGUCGCCGUGGCUAUCUGGUUCCCAGUGAUGAUCAAGUUUGUCUGUCUGAGCAUAUUUGGACCUCGGAAAGAGGUCAAGCAAAGGUCUAACAUAGACAGACCGCAGGUCUUGGAGAUGGCUAGUUACGCACACAACAUCAAAGCGGACAGCCCAAUAUCUAGUUCUACCUAA